CUAAGGGAGAGGGCGGGGAUUGACCAGUGUUACAGGUAUAUGCAUUGAAAAAAUUCACAGAAUGGUUUACUUAAGAAUAUGUGUGUCCUUUAAUUUACAAUUUACCUUACAAGAAAGAAUGAAAGAGCAAGCUUUUAACAUCAUCACAAGGAGAUACUGUUCUAUAUCCAGCAGAUUGGCAAAAAAACAAAAACAAAAGUUAGCCAUUAUAUAAAUUAGGUCAGCCGUCUAAAAAAGAUUGUCAUUAUCUAACUAGUUGAGUUCAUGGCAGCUCAGUAAUACUUUGAAGCACAGAAAUUGGGAACUGAAGUGGAAAAAUAUGUAUAAUAAGUUUCCAGAAAAGUAGAAAUAGCUCCUUCAAUGAGAUAUGUCACUAAAGCAUAUCCAACCAAAUACAUCAUCUUGGAUGAAUCUCAUGAACAUUAUGUCAAGUGAUUAAAGAAAGACAGUAGACAUAAGAAUACUCCUUUAGGAAUUAUUCCAGAUAAUAAAAAGUCCAUCCAAAAUCUUGCCAAAAGGAAACAAAUUGAUUAGGUAUACAUUUGGUAACACUGGAAAGAAAAAAAUUAGAAUAGUUGAGUGAAGGCAUGGAAAGGACAAGAAUUGGAGUGGGAAAAGCCAUAAAGCAGACUUCAGAGUUAACAGUAGUGUUCUGUUCCCUAAGCUGGCUAAUGGGGAAAACAGGUGUUCAUUGUGUUGUUGGGUUUUGUUUUGUUUUUAUAACACAGAUGGCGGAAGUAACAUUUGGUGUGCAUUCAAAAUUCACUAAUAAUGUCUCCACAAAAAAUUCAUUUUAAAUCAUCAUUCAGGAUACUUCAUUACCAAUAAUAUAUGCAAAAUCUAAAGGAGUAAGCUUUCCUUUGUCACUGAUUUCAGUCAUUCACUCAAAUGUUGGUCAAAUGCCAGUUCACAGCUUGAUAUGGUUAAGCUGGUAGUAAGCCUUUGGUUUUAGUGACUACAUCUUAGAAAUGAACUAGAAAAGUUACUGUCAUACCAAAGGAUUGUAGUUUAUCUAGGUAUAGAAUAAAUCUGAGAUUGUUUCUCAGAAGUUGUGUCACUAUUGCUUUAAGAAAGGAAAGAAGAAUUAUGGAUUUUCACUUACAUGAAGGGCAAAUGAAACCAUCAAGAAAGACAGAAGUAAUAUUUUGACCUUUCAAAUGAAUUUCCUUUGAUAGAACUCCUGUAAAAUAGAUGGGCUAGACAAUCAGGAGGUCUAGCUUUGACCUUCUUCUCCUAGACAGAUCUAGCUGACUUCUGAAUACAUGCUGUUAUGAAUUGAACUGAUCAGUGGCCCAUCAUUUAAUUUAUACCAUACAACCAGGUCAUAGAGAAUGUAUCCUAUCAUUUUUCUUGAAACUUAACUAUGAUAAAGAUUAUCAGGAUACUCUAGCUAGCACCUAGACCCCCAUUCUUCCAUUGAAUCCUAAUCAUUUUCAAGAUAUUUAUGUUUUUAUCUCAACAUUUCUUAAAAAAAUCUGUGAAGAACUUUUUGUUAAAUAAAUUUGCCAGAUACAAAGGUUGAAAGCUCAAGCUAUAAUGUGGUCCUAAACGUGUAUCUUACCCUUUGUCAGUAUUCCAACAUUCCUUCGGAUAUCAAAUAAUGAAUUCAUAGUACUACAUAUCCCAACAGGAUGGCAGUCUGGUUGCUUAUAUGAAGUACUUAAAUUUACACAAUUGCAAUUCCAAAGCCUUAUUGCUUCAUUUAUCACCAUAAGUGCCAGACUUCUGCAGUAUUUUGUAAGAAAAGCUCCUCUGCUUGUAUGAAUUCCCAUAGGAACAGACACAAAUAUUAUGCCAAUUUAAUCGUUAAGUAUUGAAGUCAGGGGUCCAAAUCACAUUUACUAGCAUGAUUUAUUUUCUAUCUUGAAUUUUAUAGGGCACACAACAAGAUUCUAUCCUUAAGUAUUGCUUUUUAUUUUUAAAGUCUGAUGAUAAAAAUCUAAGCUUAAGAACUGUCAAGUGAUUUAUGAUAUUUCAUUUAUUUUUCAAAGGAUUGGGGUGUCACUAGUAAGCCCAUUAGAAUCAUAGGUUUAAAGUUGCUCCAUUUUUUAAAGACCAGCUGCAUAAACAAGUGUACAAGCUUUGUAAUUUAACUCUAUGUGAUUUUUAAUACUUCAAAGUACCUAAAGAGGAAGCAUUUUUUCUUAGUUCAUGUUAUAAAUAGUUGUUUAUAUCAUUAUGAUCUCAAAGUUUCAAAUACAUUCAAGAUGUACUUUACAUAAGAUAUUAACACUUCUUUAUUGUGUUCAUUACAACCUCAAGAUGUUUUUCCUUUUGUCUACAUAAAUUUCCAUUUCUUCAUGAGCUGAUGCCCACAUAGAUAUAAUGUGGGCAAGUGAAAGAAGACUACUUUUAACCAGAAUGGAAUUCUGUAGUAGGGUUGGUUUGUCUAAUAACCAUCUUUUAUACAGCGAAAACACGUUAAUGCUGUUUAGCUACCUAUUUAUCUGAUUCUUUAUAGUGCUGGAACACAGGGCCUCAUGCUAGGUAGUUGCUCCUUUUCUGUUGAGAUGGAGUCUCACAAACUUUUGCCCUGGCUGGCCUGGAACUACAGUCUUCCUCAUCUCAGCCUACCUUUCUGGUACCCUACUCCAUUGUAUAGCUUUUUGUGCUUAUCACAGUCAAGACAGACAUCUCUUUAUGGGAAUUCUCUUUCAAGGCGCCCUUUGACAACCUCAUUUACUCUUUCACAUCUCCACCUCCAUCCCUAGACCCUGGAAAUAACUGGUUAGUUAUCUGUUUUCAUAUUUUUUCAUUUUAAUAAUGCAUAUAUAGAAUCUUGGAAGUAUGUAACCUUUGGGGAUUGAUUUUUUUCAUUCACUAUAAUUUUUUUGAGAUUUACUCAAGUUUUUUUUAAUGUAUUUUAGGACAGAAAUGAAGUGUUAAUGGAUAUAAGAAAAUUGACAGCACCCUAUAUUCUCUCAUACACAGUAGAAUAAAACUAGAACUCAAAACGAGAGAAACUGCAGAAGAUACCCAAACACAUGGAGACUGAACAGUAUAUCCUAUAAAUUCCUAGAAGUGGAAGGAAGAUCUGGACCAAAAUAAUUACAGACAUUAAAGGCUCGAGGCACACGUAGCCACCAGCAGCCUCCUCAGCUGUGCCUACUCUGCUGUACAGAGAAAGUUACUAUUCAAGUACAUCAUAAUGCAGAAUUCUUUAUCAGUAUCACCAAAAGAUCAAGGAGAUGUUUCCAGUAGUCCUGGGGAGAAACAGCUGACUCAGCAAAUGUCGGACUCUCCUGGGAAGGCAACGUGCACAGGUGAAUCAAGCAACUCUUCUGGAACAGUACAGAGUGGGAAAAAUUUGCAGAGUAAGAGUCAAUUUAGGACUAUUGCACCAAAAAUUGUGCCCAGAGUCCUAACGUCCCAAGUACUCCCAUGCGCUGCUCCGCCGCUGCCGGAUCAGGGGAGCCUGGGGGCCCCCCUGGCCUCCAAGCCCCUGGGGAUGCCUGCCCAGAACUACGCGCUCAUGCAGGUGGCUGGCCAGGAGGGGACAUUCUCUCUCGUGGCUUUGCCAAAUGUUGCCUCGGCCCAGACGAUUCAGAAACCCAGGAUAUCCCUGCCUGAAAACCUGAAACUGCCUAUCCCGCGAUAUCAGCCCCCAAGAAAUAGCAAAGGAUUGAGAAAGAAACCCAGCCUGGGUUCUCCUGAGAGUGGCUGGGGCAAAUUUCCUGCCCCGGCCCAGACAUGUCCACAGAUGUGUCCCUCCCCACCCGCCCAUCUGGAAUUUCCAUGCCAACCUAACACACUCAAACAAGCCCCAUCAUUAGACCCACCCCCAGGCAGCACGAGCACAGCUCCGCUGGCCAGGAGUGGUGCCUACAGGGACUCAAAACCUCCAGUGAUCUGCAGCCAAGGAGAUUGGAGCCCUCCGGCCACCCCAACAUUGGCUACGUCAGAGGAGCCCUCUGCCAUGCAGAGCCUCUCAAAGAUUCCUGGGAGAGCAAGCUUUAUCAUCAAGGAGACAGCCAGGAACCCUCCUGCUGUUGCCAGUGAACAACUUGAAGCACAAGUUGAUCACACAAAAUCCAUGACCAAUUUACUCCCUACCAUUUUCAGCAAUGCAGUUCAGUUGGUCUCUUCAGUUCCUGCAGGGAAACUACCAAUCUUGCCCUAUACCAGAAUAAAAACAGAGGCUUGCAAAAGUGAAUCAGGUGUUUGUGCUGCAGAUUUUCCUCUGCCUGGCCAUGAGACCGUCUGUGGCAGGAGAUCUUGUACCAUGGAAGACUUCCAUAAAACCACCAAAAAGCUGAGCAAGAUACCUGCUUCACAGGAGUCGAAGCAGAGUCUUUGUGAAAAUGACUUUUGUCCAGCCACCAAACCAGAUCUCAACCACAAAGCCAAAAUGAAUGGGGGAGCAACAAAGAAAAGAGCAAGGAAGCGAAAGGUAGCAGAUGAAAUUUUGGCAUUUCAGGGGAAAAGGAGGAGAUGUCGUAUUAAUAAAUGUAGAGAAGGAAAAGAAAGAGCAAAAAUCGAUCCUCCAGAAUCUAGAGACCAAAAGCCUGGGACUAUGAGAAAGUAUCGUAGUAUUAUGCCCAAGCCUGUCAUUGUCAUGUCCGCUGUGACCUCUCUGGCUUCUCCAGCAGUGCUGCCGUCCCAAACACCGGGCAGCUCACAACAGGACACUCUGUUGAGUAGCUCUCUCACGCCUAAAUACUUCAGCUGUAAGCAGAAUGACAGCCCGUCGCCUAAAUCCAGCUCUGGACUCCGGAAAGGGUUUUCGGGCAUUAAGAAGCCCUGGCACAGAUGUCACGUCUGUAACCACCACUUCCAGUUCAAGCAGCACCUCCGAGAUCACAUGAACACGCAUACCAAUCGGCGGCCCUACAGUUGUCGGAUCUGUCGCAAGGCCUAUGUCCACCCGGGCAGCCUGAGCACACACAUGAACCUCCACCACAGCGAGAACCGCCUGAAGAAGCUCGUGUGCUGCGAGUUCUGUGCCAAAGUGUUUGGGCACAUCCGAGUCUAUUUCGGCCACCUGAAAGAAGUGCACAGGGUCGUGAUCAGCACCGAGGCCUCGGCCAGUGACCCGCAGUCAGGGGAUGCGCCAAAGACCCGAGACAGAGACGCGGGCGUGCGAGGAAUGGAGGGGCCACUGGAGAGGGAAAACAAGUCAAGCUUGGAAGAAGACAUCCUUCUCAACCAGGCAGAAGAAGUCAAACUGCAGAUCAAGUGUGGCCGUUGUCAGAUCACUGCUCAGUCAUUUGCUGAAAUCAAGUUUCAUCUGCUGUGUGUUCACGGAGAGGAAAUUCAAGGCAGGCUGCAAGAGGGGAUCUUGCCAGGCAGCCGGGUUGCUCAGGAAGCACUGGUUAAACACUCCACUCCGGACUGGAAACCGCACACCCAGAGAAGAAAGCAGGUGAAGCCGCAUGCCGCCGAGGAAGCCGCACAGGCGUGUCCAAGACUGAAAAGGCAGCUCUGCCCCUAUCCUAAAGACAGUGUGGAGACACCCCCGGACAACGAAGGGGAUCGGCCAGGGACAAGUGAGCCCCCGGGCCCCGACUGCCCCAACCCCGGUACACUUCUCCUCUGGUCUGAUUCAGGCUUUAACUGUCUGCUCUGUGCCCAGACACUGGGAAGGAAGGAAGAUCUGCUUCUCCACUGGGAACACCACCAUAACUGUGAGGAUUCCUCCAGACUGUGGGCUAUCUUAAGUGCAUUCUCUAGCCAGGGAAGGAUCGAACUUUCCCAUGAAGCUGGAAAAUGAAAUCCUAACGCAAACCGGGCUUUCUAGCACAGCUUUGGGGUUUAUGGUGGUACUUCAUUCGAAGAAGCAAAUAAGUUAAGAUCAGCCUCGAUGAACAGAAGUGAUUUUUGUACAUAGUUUUAUUUUCUUAUAAAAUAAAAUAUAUGCCCUGGAUGCACAUUUUAUUUAACCAUAGUCAAUCUCAUUUUAAAAUUACAUCUAUGGACUCUUAAUAACUUAGACUUUAUUUCAGAAUAAAUAGAAAGUAAAGAGUUAGAGACUAGAAUGUAGAAAAUUAUAGGUGGUUCUUUACAUACGAUUUUCAGUAAGUGUUGGGAGAAGUUCGUACAGAACAGAAGUGUGUGUGUAUGUUUUCUGCUUAUAUAGAUCAACAAAUAUGAAAAAUUCUCAGGUGAAAAUUCCAUUUCAGUAGCAACUGCAGUGUCAAGAGAGGUGGUAAUAUUGAUGCUUAUUAAAAUCUACUUCAUUUGAAUAUGCUAUGAGAGAAGUCUCGUUAACAAUAUUUUUAUCUACCAUAAUUUAAAAUCUUUGUUUUCUGAAAUAAGAAUUUUAUGUAAUCUUGGAAUUUUCUUAAAUGCACAGUUCCUCAGAGGUCAGUUGUUGUCAAGUCUUGUAGCUGUAGUGUUUCAUAUCAAAAUAAUAGGAAAGUUAUCAUACUUUAGCUAAUGGAAAAAAAACCACUUUGCUGGUAAAAGUUAUUUUUAAGAAGUCUCUGGGGCCAGAAAAUUUACAACCUGAAAAGUGAACUUAGAUAGUCCAGUCCAGAUGUGUAGGUGUCUCAACCGCUUUCUCUUACUCCCACACAACUUCACAGGCUUGUCGCUAGCUGAUCAAUUUUAGAUAUAACUGUGCCUUUCAUGCCUAGAUUCUCUUUGAAAGUCAGGAGUAAAUGAUUGCUUCUUAAAUUCCUGGGAAAUUACCUAGCAUCAGAAGAGUUGCCAUUUGAAGUUUCUGGCUAUUCUGAGUGCAGAGUCAUUUUCUUAGAGAGGGUGUUUGAGCAUACCUGCCCCUAAAAUUGCCUCCUUUGGAUGCAAGCCCUGUGCGUGUGGCUAGCUAAAAUAUGGCCCAGGCAUGGCUCUUUCCUGUACUAAGAUAGUUACCCAGUAGAAGAAGAGCUGAAGAAGUAGAGACUUAGAGAUGGGUAAAGGUAGGCUGAGUGCCAGUGGUUGAUGCCUGUAAUUCUAGCUACUCAGGAGGCUGAGCUCU